AUGGAGGAGGCUGAGCAGCAGGCGCUGACGCGGACAUGGAGGAUGCAGAUUGUCGGCUUCGGCGUGGUCGACGUGCUGACCGAGUUUAAGGUCACCCGAGAAAAGAAGACGACGGAGCAACAAGCCAUCCUCAACUCCAUCGACUCGCAGGCGAAGGUGGAGGCAAAUCGCCGCUUCCUCCGCGAGGUACAAGCGGAGCACGACGAACUCUUUGCGGACGUGGAGUCCGACAAAGAGCCAGAGCUGCCCGCGGGCACUAAUGAUCAGAAGUUCCGGAUAAGGGAGAAGGUGUGCGAAUGCGAGUCGUUGCUACGUGGCGGAGCACGUAUUCCCCUACCACACCGAACAAGCCAGAAUAUUUCCACCCAUGGAGGAGGCGCCGGCCGCGUCUGCAGUGGCAUCGGUGGCGGCCUCAGCUGCUGCGGAGACCGCCAAGGAGGCGGCGUUGGCGGCAUCUGCUGCUGCGAAGGAGGCGGCGGCGACGGCUUCGGCUUCGGCUUCGGCUUCGGCCGCGGCGUCAAAUGCGAAGGAGGCAGCGGCCAUGGCAGCGACUGCAGGGGCCGCCGCCGCCGCGUCGGCUGCGCUACAAGCUUCCAAGAAGCGCAAGUUCCAUCUUCACGACGACCAAGACCACCAGUCAGUGACAACAACGAUGAUGCCGAUGCGGGGAGCGUCGACGUCGAUCACAUCAGCCGCCUCCCGGACGCCGUCCUCGGCAGCAUCGUCUCUCUUCUCGCCACCAAGGAAGGCGCCCGCACGCAGGCCAUCUCCCGCCGGUGGCGUCCGCUCUGGCGCUCCGCUCCUCUGAACCUCGUGGUGGACUCUGAACUCAUCAACAAGACCCACAAGCUCAUUGACCUGAUCCCAAAGAUCCUCUCCGAGCAUCGCGGCCCCACGCGCCGCUUCUUGCUCUGCUUCCGCAUCGACGACUGCUACGACAAGAUCGAAGGCUGGCUUAGCUCCCAGGCCCUGGACGGCCUACAGGAGCUCCAGCUCAACCCCAAGCUCUGGUUCGCAGACAGGAAGAAGCUGUAUCCGCUGCCGCCGUCGGCGUACCGCUUCUCGCCGACGCUCCGCGUCGCCAAUUCCACGGCAUUCACCUCCCGGACUUGACUGGGCAGCCGUCACUGAGGUUUCCGUGCGUGGAGCAGCUGACCCUGGAGAGGGUCACCGUCUCGGAGGACGCUCUCCAGAGCAUGCUCUCCGGCUGCCCUGCCAUGGAAAGCCUCGAGCUCAAGGAAAAUUUGGGCAUUGCUCGCCUCUGCAUCAGCUCCCAAACCCUGAAGAGUUUGGGCUUCAGCGUUGACUCGAGGUAUGGAGGUGUCUUUCUGCAAGAGUUGGUCAUCGAGGACGCCCCGUGCCUUGAGAGGUUGCUGGCACUCGAUCCAAAGGGUGGCCCAGCGGCCAUACGGAUAAUUUGCGCCUAAACUGUAGAUCUUGGGUAUGCUGUCCGAGGACAUAUCUGAGCUCCACCUUGGAAGCACAAUUUUUCAGGUAGCAGCAACCUUGGUCAAUUGCAUCCAUUUAAGGUUCUUAUCUGUAGACUGUUAUUCUUAUUUGCAUUUUGUUAUGUACUACUCCCUCCGUUCCAAAAUAGAUGACUCAAUUUUGUAUUAAAGUUAGUACAAAGUUGGUCAUCUAUUUUGGAACGGAAGGACAGUAGAAAAUGAUUGCAGCCAGUUUGACAACCAAAAUGCACAGCAUGAGGGUUUUGGUUCUCAGCUCUGCUGGCCCUAAUCUGGAUGCAGUGCUCAACUUCCUCAAGUGCUUCCCCUGCUUGGAGAAGUUAUAUGUCAUUUUUCAGUCACUGUCACGCCCAAUGGAUGUUAUUAAUAAUGCCCACUGCACCCAAUCGAGUGCUUUCAGCUGCAUCUCAAAAAAGUGGUGUUGAAGAAUUAUGAUGGAGAAAAGCAUUCGUCUAUUAACUUUGCCGAGUUCUUUCUUCGGAACACAGAAGGGCUAAAGGAAAUGAAAAUCACAUUGCCUUACCACCGCCAGCACAAUUGGUUUGCUGAUCUACAGAGCGUGCUACGAUAUCAACUUAGGACUUCUCCGGAUGCUCAAAUAGAACUGAGAUGUGGUACUAGGGAUUAUUUCACAUGCAACAAGCAUACCCAUGGUUUGUCAAUGGGCGACCCCUUUGACAUGCCGUCCGAUGGAUGCUGGAGGUGUAGAGAGUUGGGUCUAGGAGAUACUACAUACCAGGUUUAAUUAUAAUCCGGGCUGCCUGUUGCACUUGAAUGCUAGUUUUAAUCUCUUACGUAGUUGGUUGCCGUUGUUUCUUUGUUGUUUGGUCUUGUAUUGUAAGCUAGUAGCCUAGUAACACCAGCAGUUUCUAUGUAUAUUAACUUGCUUUUUAGCGAAUAAUGCAUCUUUGGUUCAUAGAAGUAUUUCUUUACGCACAAUUAGAAUUUGUUGCCUUACAUUUAUCAUAACUUAUUUCAUUUUUAUGAAUAAUAGCAUGUGAAGUUCGAAUGAUGAUUCCUUGGUAUACUUACAUCUGUAAGGUGGCGUAAAAAAGGUAAAGUUAGUGGCACUUCUGAGCAAUUUUUUUU